UACGUACCUGCUGCUCUGUGUGAACAACAACAUGCACCAGCAGAGGCAACAUUUGCGCCGCUGACAGAAACAUGGCGAGGCUGAGCGAGCAGGGGAUUCGCCUGAGUUCCAUGAGCCCUUCCUUCCUGAACAGCAACUCCACCAGUCACACCUGGCCGUUCAGCGCCGUGGCGGAGCUCCUAGGUGAGAGAAACCGCUCCGACUUGACGCGGUGGUCCCGAGCGCCUGCGGCCCGUCUCUGGUUCUGGGGGCAGAAAGCUUCUCUUGGUUUCGACAAUGCAGCAGACCCAGGUGUGUCUGCCAAGCAGAUCUGGAUCGACGUAGUUAACGAAGCGGAUCAGCUCUGUCUGACUUUCACUGAUAACGGCAGCGGCAUGACCCCCAACAAACUGCACAAGAUGCUCAGUUUUGGUUUUACGGAAAAGGGCACGGGGAAGGCCAGCCACCAGGCCAUCGGUUUGUAUGGAAAUGGCUUCAAGUCUGGCUCCAUGCGCCUUGGCCGCGACGCUCUCAUCUUCACCAAAAACGGCGGCUGUCAGACUGUGGGAAUGCUGUCGCAGACCUACCUGCAAAACAUCAAAGCUCAAUCUGUCAUUGUUCCCAUAGUGCCCUUCAACCAGCAAACUAAGUCUCUGGUUGUGACCGAGGACUCAGGAGCCAGUCUGGCUGCCAUCCUCCAGCACUCCAUCCUCACCUCCCAGGAGCAGAUUCUCACUCACUUUGACUCCAUUCCUGCAAAAAAAGGCACCAAGAUACUGAUAUGGAACAUACGCAGAGCCAAAGACGGUAAGACAGAGAUCGACUUUGAUGCAGAUACAACAGAUUUUCGUUUGCCUGAGAUUCAGACUGAAGAGCUGAGGCAAGGUCUGAGGAGCAGUGGAUCACCAAGACCGGAGCAAAAUGUCCCAGACAUGUACUACAGUCUCAGGGCCUACAUCAGUAUCUUGUACCUGAAACCAAGGACGCAGGUCAUACUGAGAGGGAGGAAAGUUCUGGCCAAGCUGGUGUCGAAAAGUCUGACUCACAUCGAGCAUGAUGUGUACAAACCCCAGUUCAGUAAAGAGAAGAUGAAGGUGACUUUUGGCUUUAACCCUAAAAGAAAAGAGCACUUUGGAAUCAUGAUGUACCACAAGAACCGGCUCAUUAAGGCCUACGAGAAAGUAGGCUGCCAGCUUAAGGCCUCAGGGCAACGAGUGGGGAUUGGUGUUGUCGGCAUUAUCGAGUGUGAUUUUCUCAAACCUGCUCACAACAAGCAAGACUUUGAGUACACUAAAGAAUACAGACUCACCCUAGGUGCUUUGGGCCUAAAGCUCAACGAUUACUGGAAAGAGGUGACGGAGAAGAGAGCAAGAGAGCGAGAGUUUCAGGCUCUAGAAAACGAUGACAAAGAAACUGAGGAAUGCGCCGACACGGAUCCGUUGUGGUUGCAGUGUGAGGAAUGUCUGAAAUGGCGAAGCGUCCCCGCGAACCAUUACAAAGUCGCUCCCGAAAGCUGGAAUUGCAACCAGAACCCCAAUUCACGUUACAGAAGCUGCUCAGCACCAGAGGAAACAGAGGAGAGUGAGGAGCUGUUAACACCCAGCUACCAGAAAAACCACAAGAAACUGGAGCUGUCCAAAAGGAGAAAACAGGAAAAAUCACUCAAGGUGUCGCAGGUUGAGGAACAUAAGGCCACGCGUCAAAUCUUGCCGCGCAUUUCAUCAGAUCCUCUACAGCCUUCGUCUUCGUCCACACAGACACCUGAACCUCGGACUUUAAAAAGUCAGAAAAACACACAGGAAGAGAGACUCACAGAUGAGGACACGGACACACGCGUCCCGCCAGAUUCUCACAAAGGCACACGCACAAAUGACGACGAUGCGCGUUCGGCCACGCGCUCGGACGAGAGAACGUCUGAAAAGGACACAGCCGGUGAAGAGAAGAAUGAAUCAGGGCGAGAAAAAACACACGUGGAACUCGACCAGAGGAUUGAUAACAAAAAGAGAGACGCGCCGAUGGAGCUGGAGGAGGAGCAACACACAGACAUGUUCAGCCGCAAAAGGAAACCUGAAUCUUUCUUCACCUAUGAGACAAAAAAGCACUGGAGGGGGUCCCAGCCCGACUCAGAAAAGAGCACAGAGGAUUUGCAUCCUGGGACACAAACAAACACGUUCAAGAAGAGCAACAGUCAGGUGGAGAAAUCCAACGCUUUGCAACAGACCUCGACCAGCCACACCUGGACCCACUCGCCCCUCGCCACCCAGACUGUGGUGGUGUCCCCGCUGAGCAGAACGGAGGGGCCGCAGGGCAGGACGCUGCCUCCUGAGGGGGGUGACCGGGAGGCCAAGGUGCAGAAGCUGGCUUCGCUGGAGAGGGAGGUUCAGAGGCUGCGGAGCCUGCUGGGCUUGGAGGUCCCGAGGACGACUCAGGGGACGAUGACGGCGGCUGAUGAGUUCACUGACACGCCUAAAGAAGGGCUGGAGGGAAAGACUGCGACCACAACGAGCAGGGAGGUCGGCUGCCAGACGGCCAUGGCUGAGCAGUGCUCCACUUCAGCAACAGAACCAGACGCAGAGCAGGAAAACAAAUCCAGGAAAGAAAAGACUGAAAGCCAAAGCAAAAUGAAAAUAAGUGAGAGUGACUCUUGUGAUGACGGCAGAUCACCACAGCAGAAUCUACAGGACAUCCGUAACAAUGUGGUGGUACUUUUGACUGCCCUGCUGCCCCAGCUGGACCUGGCUGGCAUCAGUAUGGAGACGGCCGAUGUGGACAACAUCCUGCAGCAGAUCAUAGAGGUCAACGCACUGAAGCUAUGAGCGUCUGGGCUCAGCAACACUGAAAACACAGUCAAACGUACUCAAUGACCGGGUUUUACCAUCAUACGAUACGCCUUUCUUCAUGGGUGCCAAAAGUGUAUUUCAGACUUUGUCUAAUUUUAGAUUUAAGAGACAAUAUUUUAUCACUGCAGAGUCAGAGAUUACCCAGAUAAGGUUCUUUGGGUUGUCCCGGACACAGAGGUCCCACUUGAGAUGUGAAGUGAAUUAAAAAAAAAAACAUCUGGACAAAAAAUGUCAUUGAUUGCAUUAAGCUAUGCCACAACAAAAUAUUAGUGUGGGCCUUUAUUUUAUUGUUUAUUAGGCUAUGUAUAUAGACUGUAGCUUAGGUCAGAUUGCCUUACUGUUAAGUUUGCUAAUAGAUAAUACAAUGUACCUCAGACGCCAUUCUAAGACAAUUUUACUUUUGAAGUAAGUCAGAAAACAACGCAAGAACGUUCUCUCUUUUACAAAACUGCAAGAAACAAGAAGUUUCAUUUCUACUUAAAAAAUGAGUAAAUAAGUUUGAGCUCAUCUAAAUUAUUUUUGCUUUCAUGUAGAUAGUCAGCAGUUUGUUGCAACAUCAUUUUAAACAUGUUGUAGAGUUUGGUGCUCCUUGGGACAAUUUGUUGAGAGCCCUUGAGUGCAAAGCUUUGUUUUUUUUUUAUCUAAAUUUGUUUCCUAUUUUGCAAUACUUUUUUGUACCGGUUUUAUCUGUUUUGCAUUAAACAAUUAUUAAAAAAACAUCUAUAAAUGUGUGUUCUAUUCACAUGAAAAGACGUCAUUCAUUUACAGUUUGUCAUCAAUAAAUAUGACUUGUGUUUGCAACAGAAUAUGGAAAUAGUUUAUUUUCUGGCUUAACUUGUUCUUAACCUAAUUCUGAACCAAAAUGUAAUUUUAAACUGUUGUAGUACUUCUCUUUGACCACAAGAUGUCAGUGAAGAUCAGUAAUAAAAAUGACAGAUUCCAA